AUGCACGGGCUUCUCCUGCUCGGCUCCCUCUGGCUCUUGGUGGCACCUCCGGCGUUGAGCAUCUUCCAGCGGCCGACAGGGACCCCGGCCCCCCCACGCCUGCAGUACCUGCUGGAACCCCUCCACGCCGCGGUGCACACGCAACGGGGCGCCACGGCCACCCUGCCCUGCGUCCUGCGCGCCCUGCCCCGCAACUACCGGGUGAAGUGGAGCAAGGUGGAACCAGCCAACUACCGGGAGAACAUCAUCAUCAUCACCAACGGGCUCUACCACAAGAACUACGGGCCGCUGAGCGGCCGCUACCGCUGCCAGCUUGUCAACGGGCUGGAGGAUGAGAGCGUCUCGCUCACGCUGCACCUCGAAGGCGUCGUCUUCCCCUACCAGCCCAGCAAUGGGCGCUACAAAUUCAACUACCACGAAGCCAAGCGAGCCUGUGAGCAGCAGGACUCCCGCCUCGCCACCUACCAGCAGCUCUACAAAGCCUGGACGGAGGGUCUGGACUGGUGCAAUGCCGGCUGGAUCCUCGACGGCACCGUCCACUACCCCAUCAUCAACUCGCGGGAGCCGUGCGGCGGCCGCCUCCUCCUGCCAGGCGUCCGGACCUACGGGGCCAGGGACAAGCAGAAGGACCGAUUCGACGCUUUCUGCUUCACCUCUGCUCUUCAAGGCCAAGUCUACUUCAUCCGGGGCCACCUGAACUUCAAGGAAGCCGGGCAAGCGUGCCGCAACCAUGGGGCCGCCAUCGCCAAAGUGGGACAGCUCUACUCUGCCUGGAAGUUUUCCCAGCUGGAUCGCUGCGACGGGGGGUGGCUGGCAGACGGCAGCGUGCGGUACCCCAUCACCACCCCUCGCGAGCGCUGCGGGGGGCUGCCGGACCCUGGAGUCCGCAGCUUCGGCUUUCCCAGCAAGGAAAUGCGGACCUACGGCACCUACUGCUUCGCGGGCAAGUAG